AUGUCUGCCGAACCAGACCACUCUUGCCUAUUCCAAUCAGUUAAUGAACGACCUGAACAGAUCAAGGCAGAGAUAAGAGGUGACCUCCCCUCCUGGCUCAAGGGUACCUUGAUAAGGAAUGGACCUGGUAAAUUUGAGUGCGGUGACAUCCCAUUUAAUCAUUGGUUUGAUGGUCAAGGACUUUUGCACCGCUUCCAUAUAGCAGACGGUCACGUGAUGUACAGUAACAAGUUCGUUCGAAGCGAAAGUUAUGCAGACUCGAUAAGUCAUGGAGAUUCGUAUCAUGUAGAGUUUGGAACAUAUAUUCCCCCAGACCCUUGCAAGAACAUCUUUGCUCGCUUUUUCUCGUUCUUUUGGGCAAGCGACCUUCCCGCAGACAACACUCUUGUCAACGUGUUUAUGAUGAAAGAUAAGAUGUAUGCAACAACGGAAUCCAACUUUUUGUAUGAGAUCGAUCCAAAGACCCUGGACACGUUAAAGAGGGUGGACAUCACCACUGAAUUUCAAGGUAACUAAAUCCUUCGUUAGUUCUCCAGCCCUGAGGCUUACGAUCGGAUGACAGAAAGCUGUGAAUGUCUACUGAAAAGACUAAGGUUUUCCUGCCCCCUCACUCUAUUCUCCUAAAUAGGUAGCGUGUUCUCUGUUCAUAAGCACUAAUUGAUUUAGUCUCGAAUUCGGUCCACUCUCUAGAGUCCGGUCUUUUCCUUCCCGAGAAGUCUGCGUGGGCGGAGCUGAACAGUGUUUAGCACGCUUUGGGGCUGAGCUGUGGAUUGAGAUACCCUGUGAUAUCAGACAUCUCCCCAAAAAUAAAUUCAAAACAACACUCCGCAAAUUACUCUUUCAUAUUUUUAAUUCAGAAGAUGACUACAGUAUUGAUACGCCCACCUAAAUUAAAAAGAAAAAGUUAGCCAAAAAUGUCGAAAUUUAAAUUCUUGCUUAUUAGUUUCUACUUUUACAAUUUAUUUUGUUUAGUUCUUUCUUUUUUAUUUUGUUAACUAGUCCUCAUCCAUAUUUCGACUUUUAUUUCGUUUAUUUGUAAACUGUAAACUUUCCUUAGUUAGCCUUCAUCUUAAUUUCAUACUUUGCACACACUGACACUGUCCCGCUUCGAAUAGCCUUGCUAUCCGCGGGUAGUGCUUCUGUAAUAUUAUCUGUUUAUUAAUAAAGUUUUUUUUUUUGUUGUUGUUGUUUUUGUUAGCGCGGUCUCAAUUCCCGAACAACGGCUGGUAAUUGAGAGCCUGUGACCUGCGAGUCUCACAUUGCUCAUACUGCAUGACUCCCACUGUUUUUUACCCUGACCUGUGUUGCUCGGUGAUUUUAUUCAGUAGCUUUUGGUGUCAGUUUGUUUGUUACUCUGUACAUGUAUUUGUCAAAGCUAAACCUGUUUGCAGUAGUGACGAAUUUACCGCUUGUGGCUUCGUGUUUCCUUGGAGUAUGGGCUAAAUUAGAUGUUACUUGCUCAUUUCCUGCCCCACGUCAAAGUGUUUUAAGAGCCUUGAUAUACAUAUUAGGCGAGGAGUGACUUUUCUCCAUUCAAUUAUCGCGGCAAAACGUUGUUACGUGUCCAUUAGAUCAUUGCUCUGUUUUUCUCUUUCCUGGCAGGUGAAGUUACAAUAAAUUCGGCCACUGCUCAUCCGCACCAGACCUCCGACGGUUCAGUCAUCAAUAUCUCCACCACAUAUGGCCGAGACUCCACUUACAAAAUCAUCCAAAUACCGCCCUCCUCGGGAAAAGCAGAUGAGAAGCCUCUGGAAGGUGGUAAAGUUCUUUGCACCAUUUCCGCUACAAGUGGGCUAGGGUACUUUCAUAGCUUCUGCCUCACCGAUAAUUACGUUGUUGUGACCGAACAACCGCUUAUGAUCAACAUAUGGAGAGCUCUUACCCGCAGAUUCUUCUCAUCAUGGUUUGAAAAUUGGCUUUACUGGGAUGCAAACCAGCUGGUCAGAUUCCAUAUUAUCGACAGGAAAGAUGGCAACCGUGUGGGUGUCUUCACAGCGGAACCAUUUUUCGUUUUCCAUCACAUCAACGCGUUCGAAAGAGAUGAGAAGAUCUAUCUUGAUGCCUGCUGUUACCAUGACAACUCGAUUAUAAAACAGUUGUACCUUAAAAACUUGCGCUCACCUGCAGAACCAGGUCAGAAGAAGUUGGAUGUCCCUGAUGUACGUCGUUAUGAAAUUCCAUUGGGGGAACUUUAUGACGCUGACACAGAGAAACCACUGCAUAAGGGGAGUGAUGGGCUGGAUUAUUCCUCACUGUACUCAGGAAUUGAGUUGCCCAGAAUAAAUUACGAGGAAUUUAACGGUAAACCUUACAGGUGAGUCUUUGUUUGCUACUUCCAUUCCACGAUAAUUUGAUUUCUCAAGGGGUGUAAGGUUGGCGGCGUUUCUGAUGGAGGGUAAACAUACCUUACAUUAUACGUUUGGAAUAAAUGUACGCGAAAAAAAUUAAAGUUAAAAAUUAAAGUUUUUGAUAGUUCAAUAUUAAUUUUGGGCAUUUAGAAUAAUGUUUUCCGUUAUAUAUUUUUUUAUCGAAGUACAAUGGACACUCUAUUGAAAGGUGAAAUGUUAGAAAUAUUUAAUAUGUGUGAGAAAAAUGUUAUUGCUUGAUUUAUUUUCAUAAUACCACCGCCUAUUUGUCGAUUAUUGAAGAUUUUUGGAAAAGUGGUCACGUGACAUAUCACGUGACUUGUUAACACAAUACUAUAUUUGUACUUGAAAAUGUUAAGGAUGACGAGUUCUUUAUUUGUGCCAAAUUUUGAGUCAGCUGCCUAAGUUAUAACCAAUAAAUCGUUUUCCACAGUUAAACCCGUAAGACCCAGCGUCCUCUUGAGUCAAAGCUGACCUGAUCCGUUCUUGAGUCGUGACUUAAAGAAUCACUCAGCCUUCUAUUGUUCAGAAUUUCCUUUCCUGCCGACCGCAAGAGAGUUUGCCAUAAUUUCAGCAGUCUUUUCCCAUGAGUCUUCCAUUCUUCAAGAGGAAUUUGGAUUUGCGAAAUAGUUGUUUAAUUUCUAUCAGUAACACAUUCACUUUUUUCGUGUCAAAUAACUGCAGGAUAUUAUUUCCUAUGUUUGAAGUAGACUAAUCAAAACAUAUGACGCGUGUGCAAAUCCUCCUUAGAAAAUUUUUGUUUUUGUUUCGUUAAAAAAAAUAUAUGUGUAUUUUAAAUAAGUAAUUAUCGUUUCGAUCCCCUUUAGGGACUUGUCAGGGAUAAGAAAACACAAGUAAACAUUUGAACCAAAAUAAACACAAAUUGUGUGAAAAAUUCUUACCUAACAGGAGACGAUCCUGAGUUGGCUAUUUACAGCUGACAAGCGUGGCUAAGGAGGUAAACUCACCACAUCAGAGGAGACCUCGCACCUCUGUAGAGGGAGGAUUUCAACUAGGGCGAGGCAUUGCCUUAAACGUUUUGGCCAGACAAGGAGAGAAAUAUAUAGCAACAGGUUUUUUGUAACUGUGAUCGAUUGGAACAGAAGCAGAUUGUUUGAACGUUCUUCAAUGAUUUCGUUGUGAGAUACGCUAUACUUUUGAAACAGUAAGACUUAGCUUUUCCGUUUUUACGUUUUCAGGUUUGUGUAUGGAGUGGCAUCGUCCACCCAUACGACGUUUCGAAAACUGAUCAAACUUAAUGUUGAGACCAGGAAAUUUGUGGAAUGGCAGGAGUCGGGUGCCUAUCCAUCUGAGCCUGUGUUUGUCAAAGCGCCUGAUGGGAAGGCAGAGGAUGACGGUGUCAUCUUGUCAUGCGUGAUCAACCCUAAGGACCAGACCACGUCUCUGGUGGUGCUAGAUGCGAAAGAACUUAAGGAACUUGGUCGAGGUGUGAUUCAAGGAGUUACUCCAGCCAAUUUCCAUGGCUUAUUUCAGUAACAAAUGUAACAACUCUAUACUUUGAAUUCCUCAAAUUAUAGAUCACAGUAGUGUUAUUUAUGACGCCUGCUCAUUUAAUAAUACAGGGAACUGGACUUGUCAUGCUCAACAGAAAUAGCAAUAGCUGCGCCGGAUUUUGCAACAGGGAGACUUUAGCCACCUAAAAAGAAGGAGAAAAUGUCUUAUUAUUUUUACCGCCUUCCCAGAGAAACCUGGCGCUUUUUACUGAGCUUGAUAAUUUUUCGUAUAACUGAUCAGCUGACUGAUGGGUUGAGCCAAUAAUUUUAGUUUCACGUGUUAGUUUUUUGUCGAUGGAUCGGCCCGAAAGUGAAGUAGGGUAUAAGAAUUAACGAAAGCAACUCGCCUGACUCAGAGAAGAAGGCGCGCGUGAUCGCAAGUUAAGUGAUUGUCUAACGUCCUGCCAGUUCAUGACGCUUUUACUAUAUCGAUCGUAUUCAAUUCUGGACUCUGCCAACAUUAUUACUACUGAACUAGUGGACACUAAACGCCCCUUAAUCGGACUUCAGGAUCUUAUAACGAA